AAAACUAACCCCACUGUGUUGGGCUGCACUGCACUGACUCGAAGAACAAGAGUAGUACACAGAGGUAGCAGCAAGAGGUACACGGAGAGAGCCAACAGCAUGGAAUGAUGACAAUAUCAUUCAUGGACAGAUGGAUCCAUGGAUACAUCGAUCGAUCCCCCUGAUUUCUCUCAGCCUUGCUGGGGAGCACAGUACCCAACCCCACCCACUAUAUAAGAGCACAAAUUUCCUCCCUUGCCAACAGCUUCUUCUUCUUCCUCCUCCUCCUCCUGCCUUCUAGCUUGCACACACAUCAGCUCAAACAAGAACACCCAUAGAAGCAGUGCUACAAGCUAGCUAGCUGUGUAGAGAUACAGCAGAGAGAUCAGGCCGGGAGGGAGAGAUCUAUCAAUGAGCAUCUCGGUGAACGGGCAGUCGUGCGUGCCGCCGGGGUUCCGGUUCCACCCGACGGAGGAGGAGCUGCUCAACUAUUACCUCCGCAAGAAGGUCGCCUCCCAGCAGAUCGACCUCGACGUCAUCCGCGACAUCGACCUCAACAAGCUCGAGCCAUGGGACAUCCAAGAGAAAUGUAAGAUCGGCUCCGGGCCGCAGAACGACUGGUACUUCUUCAGUCACAAGGAUAAGAAGUAUCCGACGGGGACGCGCACGAACCGCGCCACGGCGGCGGGGUUCUGGAAGGCCACCGGCCGCGACAAGGCCAUCUACAACACGGUCAAGCGCAUCGGCAUGCGCAAGACGCUCGUCUUCUACAAGGGCCGCGCCCCGCACGGCCAGAAGUCAGACUGGAUCAUGCACGAGUACCGCCUCGACGACCCCUCCGGCGAAGCCGCCGCCGUCUCGGUCACUGCUGCUGCCGCAUCGUUGGACGGCCAGGAGGACGGCUGGGUGGUGUGCAGGGUGUUCAAGAAGAAGCACCACCACAAGGAGUCGGGGAGCGGCGGCGGGGGUAAGCACGGCCAUGGCGGAGGCGACAACGGGCACGGCGCCAAGGCGGCGUCGAAUGGGCUGCAGUACUCAUCCAGCGACGAAGCGCUCGACCAGAUCCUGCAGUACAUGGGCAGGUCGUGCAAGCAGGAGCACGAGAUCCUCUCGCCGCAGAGCGGCGACGGAGCAGGGAGGCCGGGGACGAGGUACCUCCGGCCCAUCGAUACCGUGCUCGGCGGGAACGGGUUCAUGAAGCUGCCGGCGCUCGAGAGCCCAUCGGCCACGGCGCUGACGCCGCACGUGCCUGAUGACCCGCCGGCCUGCGCCGGGCACGGGAUCACGGACUGGGCCAUGAUGGACCGGCUCGUGGCGUCGCACCUCAACGGGCAACCCGACGCGUCGACGGACCAGCUCUGCAGCUUCGACGGCAGCCCCAGCGACGACGCGGACGGGCUGGCCUUCUACUCUGCCGCCGCGACGAGGCUGCUCGGCGGCGCGUCAGGCGGCGCCAGCGGCAGCGACGACGACCUGUGGAGCUUCGCGCGGUCGGCGGCAACGUCGACGUCAGAGCGGCUGAGCCACGUGUCUCUGUAGCAGCUACGUACUGUACUGUAGCCGGCCGUCGCCCGUCGCCCCAGCUACUCCGUAAGUGAUAUGGCGAGGGAAGAAGAGAGAGGGAGCUGCUGCUUCUGCAUGCCCUGGUACCGUAAAAAGACAACACCACCAACAAGAAAAAAAUAAAAAAGAAAAGAAAAAGAAAAAGAAAAGAUCGCUAGAGAGAGAAGAAAGUGAUUUCAAAGAUGAUUAGAGUGAUGAAUGUGUGAGAGAAACUAAGAGAGAGAAAGAAAAGAACUGAAAAGAAAGGAGGGACAAUUAAAGCCGGCAGUAAGUUGGAGUGGCACUGUCAAACGCUCUCCUUCUCGAUCAUGUUAAAUCAAUCCAUUAACCCCCGGAUUGUUAUAAUCACAACAUUAUUAUUAGCAAACUGUUACUUAUAUAAUUAGAUUGAUAUAUAGACACAUCAUUGUAUUAUCGUUCAUUUUUACGAUCCAGAUGUGUGUGUGGUUUGUACGUACGUGCUACAUGUGCAUCCUUCAAGUCCCAUGAGGGUGAGAUCGAUAGACAGGUUGUGUAUUGGUUACAUGGAUCCAGUACAUAUGGUACACAUGCAUUUUAUAUCACUAGCUACCUGAUAGCCGUG